UCGCUUAGAAUUAACAUAACAGAUCAGUCGUGUACAUUUCGACAUUCGAGAAUAACGGGUUUGAAGAACAAAUGAGUAUAGUCUUCAAGCUCGGAUCCAAGUUCAGCGAUAGACACUAACGAACCAAUAGUCACGGUUCUGCCUGCACCGCGGAGAGGGUCCAAAAGAGAACGGAGCGGCGUACUGUGAGAGACGUAACGAGCAGUCGCCAGCUGGUAGCCGGUCUACGUGGAUCGAGUAGUCACGAGCUAGAGAGAGUGUGUAUCUUUUUUUCUUUCGCACGUAUGGAGACGUGCGCACACAAAGAACGAUCAGAGCGAUAAACGCGUGCCGCUUGGCUGGCAGACGUUCGAGAAGAGGAAGCAACCGCCUCAAAUAAUACCACGAUGAAUAACUAUUGUCAUUGACGAACGAGUCAAUAUCGAAACAAACGUUUCGAUUAAACGACGUUUAAACAAGUUUUCUACGUUACGCUACGCUCUGAUGAGAGCGUGUCUUUGGCAGGAUGUCGUCGGUGUUUUCGAAAUUAAUCGACAAGACAUCUACCAAAUACGGCAUCGGACAAGAACAGCUGAUUCGUGGUAUAGUUGGAGUUGCAACUACGUUUUAUCUCAUCAAGAUCGGUUAUCCUUUAGUGAAGUUUGGUAUAAAGCAGUAUCAAAAGAGAAAAAAAGAAACUGAAAAUAUCGUUCAAGUAUCAAACCGGCGUAAAAAUGAUGUCAGUCAUAUUAAAAUUAAUAAAUCGACUGGCAAGGCAACGAAAUCAAGCGUGGGUUUGGAUCGAGAAUUCAUUAAACAGCUGAUCGCAUUACUGAAGAUCAUGGUUCCCGGAUGGCAAACGCGUGAAGCAGGAUUAUUGACUUGUGCCACUCUAACAUUAUUAGCUAGGACGUUUUUGUCAAUUUAUGUAGCCACUUUGGAAGGUCAAAUUGUGAAAAGAAUCGUGCUGCGGGAUGUUCGAGGAUUUUCCUUGAUGCUUGCGAGAUGGUUUGCUAUUGCUUUUCCCGCGACAUUCGUUAAUUCGGCUAUUCGAUACCUAGAAGGUCGAUUGGCUCUUAGUUUUAGAGGACGCCUGGUGGAGCAUGCUUAUAAAAUGUAUUUAAGUCAACAGACUUACUAUAGAGUAGCUGCAUUAGACACUAGACUAGGAGGUGCAGAACAAAGACUGACAGAUGAUUUAUCUGAACUGGCUAGUUCUGUAGCACAUUUAUAUUCAAGUUUAACCAAACCAUUAUUAGACUGUGCACUAGUGUGUAUUGCACUUAUCUCAUUCUCUUCCAAGAUGGGAGCAAAAAGAAUAUAUGGACCAUUAUUAUCAUGCGUAGUAAUUGCUUUAACUGGACAAAUUCUACGUUUAGCUUCUCCUAAAUUUGGCCAAUUAGUAGCUGAAGAAGCAUCAAAACGUGGAACAUUGAGAGAAGCACAUGCACGCAUCAGUGCUCAUGCGGAAGAGAUUGCAUUUUAUGGAGGUCACUAUACAGAGCAUCGAUACUUGACUACUGCUUAUAAAUCUCUAGUUUCACAUUUAAGAAGAGUAUUAGCCCUCAAAUUUUGGUAUGUCAUGUUGGAACAAUUACUCAUGAAAUAUGUAUGGUCUGGCACUGGACUUUUAGUUAUUGCCAUGCCUCUUCUUUACACUACAGUCACAUUGGGAAGUACAGCUUUAAAAGCUGAUGGUGAUGAUGGUGUAAGUGAAAGAACUAGAUAUUUAACAACCUCUAAAAAUCUUUUGAGUUCUGGAGCAGAUGCCGUAGAAAGACUUAUGUCAUCUUACAAAGAAUUAGUAGCUUUAGCAGGAUAUGCAGCAAGAGUUAGUGAAAUGUUAGAUGUAUUUAAAGAUGCUGCAUUAUGUAAAUACAGAAGAAAUAUUGUUAGUAGUCCAUCAAAAAUGUCAAAUGGUACAACUAAUCUUGCUUUAGAGAAUAUAAUUGAAUUAAAGGAUGGUGCACCGGUAAUAAAAGGAAUUAUGCGUGAGAGUACAGAUGGCAGUAUAAGCUUAAUAGAUGUACCAAUAGUUACACCAAAUUGUGAAAUCAUAGUACCUAGACUAACUAUUCAUAUAAAACCUGGAGAUCAUAUAUUAAUUACUGGUCCCAAUGGUUGUGGAAAAAGUUCCCUGUUUCGUAUAAUUUCUGGUUUAUGGCCAGUGUAUGGAGGCACUUUGAUAAGACCAGCAGAAAGUUAUUUUGCUCAACGAGAAAGACCCGCUUUAUUUUAUAUUCCUCAAAAACCUUAUAUGACCGUUGGUUGCUUGAGAGACCAAAUCAUAUAUCCUUCAGAAUCACAAACAAAAAAAUGCUCCGAUCAAGAACUUCUUAAAUUGUUAGAAGAAGUCGAUUUACGAAGUCUUGCAGAAAGAGAAACGGAUGGACUUGAUGCUUUUGGCGAUUGGGAUUCCACGUUAUCCGGUGGUGAAAAACAAAGACUUGCAAUGACGCGUUUAUUCUAUCACGCGCCACAAUAUGCACUAUUAGACGAAUGCACUAGUGCUGUAAGCCUUGAGGCAGAAGCAGUGAUUUACGAAACUGCUAAAAAGAAAGGCAUAACAUUAUUAACUAUCACACAUCGGGUGGCAUCUCUUGCGAAAUAUCAUAAAUUAUUAUUACGCUUCGAUGGAGAAGGUGGUUGGACUUUUGGUCCUUUAGACGAGGAAAAUACAACACAUUUAAUAAAUCAAACUUAUACACAAACUGAACAACAUGAAGUGAAAGGAGGGCACUAUCAGAUAUUACACGAACUCCAUGAUAUUCAUAAAGAGGACACAAAGAUUGGAAUCAGUUGAAUGACAAAUAUUUUGUAUUAUUCUAGUGAAUUUAUGUAGAAACAUGUGUGAUUGUAAAUAGAUCAUUCUUGUACAGUGGUUCACUAUGGUUUUUAAAAACAUUCUAUUUUUGUAUGAGCAAAUAUUGCUAUUUAAUAAUAACAUGAAUAAAUAUUAUUUGAAUAUUCAUA